AAAGUGGCGGGACCGAGGCUGCAGAGGACGGAUGGUGCGGAGUGACUAUUGGCUGAAGCGGCAGCCUGUCUUCACAAUAUCCGCUCUCGAUUGGUGUGGCUUCUCAGAAUGGGAGGAGUUGCUGGAGUGGGGUUGCGGAGGGAACGGACCGCGGGAGCAGCCCGAGGAACGCGGCUCGUGGGAAAAGGGCUCCGUCUGUGCAGCGCUGCAGGCGGUUGAACUGAAGAAAGUGACUUUGGAGCUUUUAUCUCUUCAGCCAUUUGGGAUUUAAUUUGCAUCAUCUCUGACUCUUAUCUUGGAAGAAGAAGAAAAAAAAGCAGCAGCAGCAAGUCAAACCCACACACAACAUGUUGUUGCGCAGAAGGACUUCCACUCCCUGGCUGUGCUAUUAAUGUUAGCAAUCAGGAAAAGCCUUUGGGGGCUGCAGAUUCUCUCUAGUCUGAUGCUGCUGCUGCUGCCACCGCUGCUGCUAAGGGUUUUGGUGCAGGGAAUCCAAACUGCUGCUUUUUCUGUCCACUGAGCUCUUCACAUCUGCAUGUCACUGCUGCUCGUGCACACAUCUCACACCCUCUCUCCAUGGACUGAUUGCUGUUGAGGGAAGACGAGCCCCAACCAAGUGAUCGUGUGUGUGGGGUGGUGGUGGGUUUUUUUGGGGAGGAGCACGAAUUGCAUUUAUUUGUUGUAUUCUGGAGGAUCUGUUCUAAGGAUAAUCUUUUUUGGGGGGUGGGAAGGAAAACAUGACGUCGCCAGCUAAAUUCAAAAAGGAUAAGGAGAUCAUAGCUGAAUACGACACACAAGUCAAAGAGAUUCGAGCCCAGCUUAUUGAACAACUGAAAUGUCUUGAUCAGCAAUGUGAGCUUAGAGUCCAGCUGCUCCAGGACCUGCAGGAUUUUUUCCGCAAAAAGGCUGAGAUCGAGAUGGAUUACUCCAGGAACUUGGAGAAGCUAGCUGAACGAUUUCUGGCAAAGACAAGGAGCACCAAAGAUCAGCAAUUCAAGAAGGAUCAGAAUGUUCUUUCACCGGUCAAUUGCUGGAAUCUCCUCUUAAAUCAGGUGAAGCGGGAAAGCAGAGACCACACCACCUUGAGUGACAUCUACCUGAACAACAUCAUCCCUCGGUUUGUUCAAGUCAGUGAAGACUCUGGACGACUUUUCAAAAAGAGCAAAGAGGUUGGGCAACAGCUCCAGGAAGACUUGAUGAAGGUUCUGAAUGAGCUCUACACGGUGAUGAAGACCUACCACAUGUAUAAUGCUGACAGCAUCAGUGCACAGAGCAAGCUGAAAGAGGCCGAGAAACAGGAAGAAAAACAGAUUGGCAAGUCUGUGAAGCAAGAGGAUAAGCAAACCCCACGCUCCCCUGAUUCAGCCUCCAGUGUCAAGUUUGAAGAAAAACAUGUCCGACGGAGCUCGGUCAAGAAGAUUGAGAAAAUGAAAGAGAAGCGCCAAGCAAAAUAUACAGAAAAUAAACUGAAAGCUAUUAAGGCAAGAAAUGAAUAUCUGCUGGCUCUGGAGGCCACCAAUGCAUCUGUGUUCAAGUAUUAUAUCCAUGACCUAUCUGAUCUCAUUGAUCAGUGCUGUGACCUAGGAUAUCAUGCCAGCCUCGGUAGGGCGCUCAGGACAUUCCUGUCAGCAGAGCUGAACCUAGAACAAUCAAAGCAUGAGGGUCUGGAUGCCAUUGAGAAUGCUGUGGAGAACCUGGAUGCCAAUAGUGACAAGCAGCGCCUCAUGGAGAUGUGCAACAAUGUCUUCUGCCCACCCAUGAAGUUUGAGUUUCAGCCUCACAUGGGCGACAUGGUCUCCCAGCUAUGUGCCCAACAGCCAGUUCAGAGUGAGUUGGUGCAGAGAUGUCAGCAGCUGCAGUCUAGGCUAUCCACACUGAAGAUUGAAAAUGAAGAGGUUAAGAAAACCAUGGAAGCCACACUGCAGACUAUCCAAGAUAUUGUCACCAUUGAAGAUUUUGAUGUCUCUGACUGCUUCCAGUAUAGCAAUUCCAUGGAGUCUGUAAAAUCAACAGUCUCUGAAACCUUCAUGAGCAAGCCCAGCAUUGCUAAGAGACGAGCCAAUCAGCAGGAGACAGAACAGUUCUACUUCACGAAGUUGAAGGAGUAUCUGGAAGGGAGGAACCUCAUCACGAAGCUUCAGGCCAAGCAUGACCUUCUUCAGAAGACUCUGGGAGAAAGUCAAAGGACUGACUGCUCUCUUGCCAGCAGACGCAGCUCUACCAUAAGGAAGCAGGAUUCCAGCCAAGCUAUUCCCCUGGUGGUAGAGAGCUGCAUACGAUUCAUUAGCAGACAUGGAAUGCAGCAUGAAGGGAUAUUCAGGGUGUCAGGAUCUCAGGUUGAGGUGAAUGAUAUCAAAAAUGCAUUUGAGAGAGGGGAGGAUCCACUGGCCGGAGACCAAAAUGAUCACGAUAUGGACUCAAUAGCAGGAGUUCUAAAGCUCUACUUUCGUGGGCUAGAACAUCCCCUCUUCCCUAAGGAAAUCUUCCAUGACCUGAUUGCUUGUGUCACAAUGGAUAAUCUGCAAGAGAGAGCUCUGCACAUCCGGAAAGUCCUACUGACUUUGCCUAAAACCACUUUGAUUGUAAUGAGAUACCUCUUUGCUUUCCUCAAUCAUUUAUCUCAGUUCAGUGAAGAGAACAUGAUGGACCCCUACAAUUUAGCCAUCUGCUUCGGACCCACGCUGAUGUCAGUGCCUGAAGGCCAUGAUCAGGUCUCCUGCCAAGCUCAUGUCAAUGAGCUCAUCAAAACUAUAAUCAUACAACACGAGAAUGUCUUCCCAGGACCAAGAGAGCUGGAGGGCCCUGUGUACACAAGGGGUGGAAGCACUGAGGAUUACUGUGAAAGCCCCCAUGGGGAGACAGUUUCCACAGAAGAUUCAGCUCAGGAUAUGGCCACUGAACACCAUACAAGUGAUGAUGAAUGUGAACCUAUUGAAGCAAUAGCCAAAUUUGACUACACUGGACGGACAGCACGUGAGCUGUCUUUUAAAAAGGGAGCUUCCCUCCUGCUUUAUCACCGGGCCUCUGACGACUGGUGGGAGGGCCGCCACAAUGGAAUUGAUGGUCUGAUCCCUCAUCAGUACAUCGUUGUGCAGGACACUGAGGAUGGCAUAUCGGAAAGAUCAAGCCCAAAAUCUGAAAUAGAAGUAAACUCUGAGCCACCUGAAGAAAAAGUGACAGCGAGAGCUGGUUCCAAUUGCCCAACUGGAAGCCACGUUGCAGACAUUUAUCUUGCAAACAUCAAUAAGCAAAGAAAGAGACCCGAGUCUGGCAGUAUACGAAGAGGUUUCCGUCAAAGUGACAGCCAUGGGCUGCCCAGCUCACUGGGAGAACCAGCCCCGCCAGGAGCUGUGGCCAGUUCGCGUCCCUCCUCACAACCAAUUAUGAGCCAAAGUCUCCCAAAGGAGGUACCAGAUGCAUGUUCCAUCAGUGGCCAUGGGAGCCUGAACUCUCUCAGCCGACAUGCUUCUCUGAAGAACAGGAUAGAUAGCCCCCACAUCCGGAAAAAUGUGACUGCAGGAAGGUCAAAGAGCUUUAAUAACCACCGACCUAUGGACCCUGAAGUCAUUGCACAGGAUAUUGAAGCUACUAUGAACUCUGCUCUGAAUGAGCUGCGGGAGCUGGAAAGGCAAAGCAAUGUGAAGCACACGCCGGAUGUUGUUCUUGACACCCUGGAACCACUGAAAACCUCCCCCAUUGUGGCGCCCACCUCAGAGCCUUCCAGCCCUUUGCAUACUCAGAUCCUCAAGGACUCUGAACCAGCUUUCCAGCGGAGUGCCAGCACUGCGAGUGACAUUCCCUGCGCCUUCAGGCCAGCAAAGUCUGUCAAAAUGGCUGCCCAGGUCAAACCUCCAGCAACCAGGCCGAAGCCUGCCGUUUUCCCCAAAACAAACACCACAACUCCUGCCGUCACCUCAGCAUCUCAACAGUCUACUGACAAGUCCUGUACUGUCUGAACUUGAAACCCUACUGUGAAUAUAGCAUUUUUGUUUCAGAAGAGGGGAUCCUGUUAAGGAGACAUUAACAUUUCUAUUUAAUUAGUAUUGAACUUCUGCUGAAGAUUAGUUUGUAAGUUACUGUUGCCAGGGAUAUCCCCAGCAGGAAAGCCCAGCUAAUUAAACCUCACUUUGCACCUCUAUCAGUGCUACUAGGCAGUAGGGCAUCACAACUCUGUGUAACCUGAGGCACAGAAAGUUUGGUAUCAGGUCACCAUGAAAUCAGAAAGGAAAGGAAAGGACAGGACUAAAUAGUCUGUUUCUAGACAAUGCCUUGUUUAUGUGUCUGAUCACUAGGAGAAACGUUCAGUGUCCUCGUGUUUUGGAGGUUGGUAGAAAGGACUUCUGUACUUCAGCCACUAUAGGGAAACAAUAUAAUAUUGUUCAUCCCACUGGUUUAGGUGGACUUGGGCAUGCCUGGAGUCUAUUUUUGUGCAUUACUACAAUGCCCAGUGGUGCCACAAAGUCUGUUAACUUUCAAUUACAGCCUGCCUCUUUUCAGGGGUGUGUGGUCUCACUUUUCUGUCCUAAGUAAAACAUCAAGAAUAGCGCCACACAAGCAGAGCCUUGGUUUAAUUGAGGCAUACCACAUGCACACAUGCAUGUCUUCAUUUAAGCUUAAACAAUUCUUAUGGGGGAAACCAUAAGUGGGAGAGCUUACAUCCCUACUUCACUUGGUGCUUCCAGAACAAAAAGUAACAUAAUACUUUGAAAUGAGAUUUUAAACUCGUUUCUCCAGAACAGUCUCUGUGUCCUUUAAUAAGGAUUCAGGAGACAAAAUGAAAAUAAUAAUAAUUACAUUUUGAAAAACAGCUACUGUUCACUCUCUCUCUCCACCCCCACUUCCCUCUGCAGUGGCAUUUCCCCAAAUAUGUACAUCUGUAAUGUUCUUUGUAAGAUGAUAUGGGUGCAAGCUAAUCUCUCUAGUUCUGAACAGUCCUAAACUUGCUCUCUCUCUCUCUCUCUCUCUCUCUCUCUCUCUCUCUCUCUGUGUGUGUGUGUGUGUCUUUUUUUUCUUAGUCUGCUGUGAGCUUGUAGUAUGGCAACAUAAGGCGAACAAAAUAAAAGCUGCUGCAGGACAUGGACAUAAUCCAGUAUGCAGCAUAUUUCUGUGACAGAUCACAAUGUCUUCAAUUACUCUACAGACAGUCAAAUGAAUCAUCUUAGUAUCUGGUAUUUACCAUGAUGGAUUAUAAGUGUUCCAGGUUCCAACAGACUGAAUGGAUUUUUGUUUGCAUUGAAUGGGAAUUAAUUUUUCAAGAUCAUAACCAUCUUUAAAAAGAAAAAGAAAAUGCACACUUCAAAAGCAACAGGGAAUUUCUCUGCUGCUUUUAUCACCACCAACCAAAAGAACUCUGAAUUAAAAUGGAUUCUAUCACACUUCUUUGAUUGUCAACUGAGGGCAAGAUAAGGAACUGAAAUGUGUUUUCUUUUAUACUAUAGGUCUGAGCUGCAGUCUGUUUUUCUUGUGGUUUCAUGAAUGGAAUAAGUUGGUGAUAUUUUAAUAGAAGCAAAAUACUUAAUCUUCUGUGAACAAACUUUGGACAGACAUUUUCUUUUAAUCUCCCAACAUAUUUUUUUAAUUAUGCCUAAGUAAGACUUGACAAUCUCACAAGCAGUGGUAAAAAGGAAACCAUGUGAAAGAUUUUGGGGGGAACAGUACUGUUCCUUAAUGUUUUAAGUAGAUGUUGCCUUUUUAGAUUCUGCACCUCCUCCCCCUUGUAUGCGUGUGCUUGUUACUUCUACGUCUUGGACUUUUACAGGCUCAAGUGAAAGGCCUGAUCAUUAAGUCUCAGGAUGGGACAGACUUCCUAUCCAGAAUUCUUAAUCCGUUCUUCUUUUUAAUAUUAGUUUUCCACUCAGGCAAAGCUGCUGGAUAUUAUUAUUAUUAUUA